AUGGAGACGGUGCUGCUGGAGCACUUCCCCGGGGGGCUGGACUCCUUCUCCUCGCCUCCGUACUUCGACGAGGAGGAUUUCUUCCCCGAGCCGCCCCCGCGGGAAGCACUGGCCGCAGACGGGCUGCUGGAGCCAGACGUGGACUUUCUCAGCCGGCAGCUGCAGGAGUACUACCGCGACAGCGGCGACCCCGAGGACGGCUACCGCUGCUCGGCGCCAGCCACCACCUUCCCGCCGUCGCCCGCCUCGCCCGGCUUCGCCUACGAAUGCUGCGGGGCGGCGGGCGCGGCGCUGCUCUCGCCGGGGGGUCCGCUGCAGGCACUAGGCUCGGCCAAGCGGCGGCGGCGGGUGCGCUCCGAGGCGGAGCUGCAGCAGCUCCGGCAAGCGGCCAACGUGCGGGAGCGGCGGCGAAUGCAGUCUAUCAACGACGCCUUCGAGGGGCUGCGCUCGCACAUCCCCACCCUGCCCUACGAGAAGAGGCUCUCCAAGGUUGACACGCUGCGCCUGGCUAUCGGCUACAUCAAUUUCCUCAGCGAGCUGGUGCAGUCCGACCUGCCGCUGCGCAGCGCCAGCAGCGAGAGCCCCAGCCAGCCCAAGAAAAUCAUCAUCUGCCACCGCGGCACAAGAUCUCCCUCCCCGAGCGACCCCGACUACGGACUCCCACCUCUGGCCGGUCACUCGCUGUCGUGGACUGAUGAAAAACAGCUUAAGGAACAAAACAUCAUCCGAACAGCCAAAGUGUGGACCCCCGAGGACCCGCGGAAGGUGAACAACAAACCCUCCCUCAACGACAUCGAGAAUGAGCCUCCCUUCGACUUCGUGGCGUGA